AUGACAAAGCCGCCCUCUCCCGGGAUUCAUGACUUCACGGUUGCUUGGAUUCCUGCUUUAUUGAUCGAGUACAUCGCAGCCCGACAAGCACUGGACGAGAUAUAUGGGGAUGACACUGGACUGCUACGAGCCAAAGAUGACCAUAACGAGUACACUCGGGGGUGUGUCGGGGACCAUCUUGUCGUCCUUAUGUGUCUACCCACGGAGUCGGUGGGCUUGGUGUCAGCCUCCACGGUCUUUACGAGCAUGCGAAGCACCUUCCCUUAUAUCCGAUUUGCGCUGAUGGUCAGAAUCGCUGGAGGCUCUGCGCGCUUUGAUAAUGACAUUCGGCUGGAUGACGUAGUCCUUGGGACGCAGGUUGUGCCUUACAGGUUUGGCAAAACAACACCGCAGGGCUUUCAACGCACUGGCCAUAUAUCCUUCUAUCGCGCCCUUACUGGCUGGAGCCUGGAAAGCGCCAUGGAGCAAAAUUGCUCACAAUUGCCUAGGAAAUUUCAAGCGAUGUUUGCACACCCGGAUGACAGGUUUGAUCGUUUAUACAGACCGGGGUACCUGCAUGAGGACGCCUGUGACUGCCCGAUAGCUUCAGGAGAUCAAGUCAUCAAGGAUGUGCAGACCCGCGAUGAUUUGGCAAAAAAGCUGGAUGCGCUUUGCUUUGACAUGGAACUCUCACAAAACAACCAAUGGCACGGCUACGCUACAAUGACUGCUGCAAUGACCGCUACAGUCCGUGCCACGGAGUUCUUGAAGACGAUCCCCAUUGCCGAUGUAUCUAAAAGCGGGCUGAAGAUCACCGAGGAGGAGCUACAGAGAUUCGUGGAGGCUGCUGUUAGUAAGGUCAAGGGAGAUCUUGUCGGCUCUAUUACCAUGGCGGAUCAACAAGCAGCCAUAUCGAAAAUCAAUGAUACCUUGGUAGACGUCGAUCAGCGAUUCUUGCUCCUGGAUCAGCUUGCAGUUUCAGUCAAGUGCUCCAUGAGUGACACCACCAUCACAGCGGGUCGAUUAAAGAAGCUUGAGCUGGCGCGCAGCGAGCUCCAAGCCGCACUUGAACAUCUCGCGGAGAGUGUUCUCCGACAAAAGGAUGAGAGCUCGCCCUAG